UUGUUUAGAGAACAUUUGUGAAGAAAGGAAGUGUGUGCGCAUAAGUUCCGUACCCGUCACGACCAUAAAUCUAUUAGUCAAAGCACCAUUUUACGCAUUUUAAUAGCAAAAAUGAAGUUCCAGUACAAGGAAGAGCAUCCGUUCGAGAAGCGAAAGGCCGAGGGCGAUAAAAUUCGACGCAAAUACCCGGACCGUGUGCCCGUGAUUGUGGAAAAGGCACCGAAGGCUCGUAUCGAUGAUCUGGAUAAGAAAAAGUAUCUAGUCCCAUCCGAUCUGACCGUAGGACAAUUCUACUUCCUGAUUCGCAAACGGAUCCAUCUGCGCCCGGAAGAUGCCCUGUUUUUCUUUGUGAAUAAUGUCAUUCCGCCGACGUCGGCCACCAUGGGUUCGCUGUACCACGAGCAUCACGAGGAGGACUACUUCCUCUACAUUGCCUAUUCGGACGAGAAUGUGUACGGCAAUGCCACGAACAACACCAACGACAGCAACUAAGCAGAGCG